AUGUGCUAUGACAAGCCACGACGUCGUUCACUAGCAACCUUCUCCCUCCUCAUCUUCUCCUUCCGCACUGUCGUCGAAAAUGGGACCUACCUCCUCACCUCCUUCAUCGACCGCGGUCCUUCUCUCAAAUCCCUCAUCUCCUGCCUCAACCUUGCUGGCGCCGGCAAUACCAACCACCGCUCUCCCAGAUCUCCAGCCAAGUCCCCUUCUUCGAUCUCUCUCCGUCGCCGACACCGCCCAUUUCUUCACCUCACUCGCAUUGGAACCUUAGAUGACGAUUUCUUCUCUAGCGAUGACGAUGACACUCGCUCCCUCUUCAGCCCUAAUCAGAUCGCCUCAAUCCUCAUUUUCUCCUCCUCCUCUCACUCCAUCUCCAAAUUAGGGUUUAAUGGAACUUACGGGACUAGGGUUUCUGAAAUUGUGCGCUCCAGCCUCAUGUUCAAGGCUGAGAGAUUCACCAUUUCUGAUGACAGAGCUAGAGGCAGAGAUGGCGAUGGAGAAAGCAAUGAAGGGGAGGAGAAAGGCAGCGAUGAAGAAAUGGACAAUCGGGCCGUCGAUUUGCAAUUCUUGAUCAACAGAUUGGAGUUGGGUCGCCGGGACGUGGCGACGUUGUUCUUCCUCUUGAAAGUGUGA